ACAGUUCAGGUUGUUCACAUCGUCUGGCUGUAGCUAAAUCUCUGAUAAGCGAAGCGAGCGCAGUACUGCUAGACGAACCCUGUGGGAGUGUGGACCCACAUACGAGGCCCCUGAUAGUGAGAGCUAUACGACUGCUGCGUGACCAAGGUGCCGCCUGCCUCAUUGCUGAAGAAAGCAUGGAUUGGACGCAGAUAGAAUACAUAUGUGACAGAUUGGCGAUUAUUGAUAAAGGCGAAAUAGUCGCAAUAGGGUCGGUGGAGGAAAUCAGACGGGAGCUAACUUCUGGGUACACUGCCACUCUCAAGCUAAAAGUCGACGAGGCGUAUAGCGUAUUUACUGGUAGCUUAGAAAGAACAUGUUCGAUGGGUAGUAAUGUUAUGUUACCUAAUGAUAAAGUCGUCUUGUUAAAAAGAGAAUUCUUAGAAAGUUUCGAAACUAGUAUACUGAUGGACGAGCAUAUAAGAAUGCUCUAUUUUCACAUUGGAGAUCCAAACCGUGAACUUCUCUACAGUGAAAUGUUCAGGAAACUGGAGAAUUUGAGACAAAAACACGACGUAGUUGAAGACUACACUCUGAGCGAAACAACUGUAGAUGAAGUAUUAAGUACAAUCGACCACAUAUUACAUGGUAGUGGCUCGAAACACGAAAUAUCGAAGAAGAUUUUGUCAUUGGACACGAAACCGAACUGCACAUCUACUCUAACUUCAAAUCAAACGAAACAAGACUGAUUUUUUUUAGUGUGUGGUGAUACUUUUUCAAAAACUUCUUUUACAUUUGUAUUAGGGUAGU